AAAGUAUGCUUGUUGCCCCUGACGCCACCUUGCCGCUGCUGCUGCUGCCAUAUCUGCGGGCUGCUGGAAAAGGGCGUUGGCUAAGGUGUCGAGGAAACUCUUGAAGGCGGCAAGGAGGAGAAGGUGUGAGUGGGAGGGAGGUGGGGGGCGCGGAUUGCCGAGAGUGUGAGCAGGAAAAGAGAGGAGGAAACCGACGACAACCAGCCAUGGACGCUCUCGCCUCGACGUGUGUUGCAGCGUCGUCUGUACCUUGCACGGGCAUCGCCCACGCGAAAGGGGAAUACAGCAGCUGCAAAGCUCAGGGAAGCGCCAGCGGCAAGCUCGGGAAUGGCGCGGCCGUGUUGUGCAGAAAGGCGGCAUGGGCGACGCGGCAAGCGCCGUCGCGGAUGAGCGCGCUGCAAUUGAAUGCCUUGAGGGAGCGAUUGGCUGAGAGCGAUGGCGGUUGCGCCGCCGGCGCACAUAGGCGAGGAUGCGCGAGGGUCGUCGCGCAGGUUACCAGCGACACAGCGCAAGUGGCUUCCGACGGGUCGAAGCUCACCGAGAUGUCAGACGAGGAAUUUGACUUCGCAUCCUACAUGGUCUCAAAGGCAGCGAUUGUUAACCAGGCAAUGGACGAGGCAACAACAGUCAAGUACCCCGAGAAGAUUUAUGAAGCCAUGCGCUAUUCACUAUUGGCUGGUGGGAAACGCGUUCGGCCUGCUCUCUGUAUUGCGGCAUGUGAGUUGGUCGGGGGCAACGUGGAGGCUGUCCUUCCCACUGCCUGUGCAAUGGAGUUCAUCCACACAAUGUCACUCAUUCACGAUGAUCUACCUGCUCUUGACAACGAUGAUUUCCGCCGAAAUAAGCCUUCCAAUCAUAAGGCCUUUGGUGAGAGUACUGCGAUUUUAGCAGGCGACGCUCUUCUGACAUUUGCAUUCGAGCACAUGGCGAGAGCCACCAAGGGAGUUCCAGCUGAGAGAGUGCUGAGAGCAAUUGCAUACUUGGGGAGGGCUGUUGGCACAGAGGGCGUAAUUGCGGGUCAGGUGGCAGGUGCAGACAAACUAAUGCUCUUUGUUGUGAUGUGUGCCCGUGUUGUUGUGGCUCGGUGGGCAGCCUCUUGGGUUUGGAGCGAUCACGCGAGAUUGCGGCUGAGCUGAUUGCGAGAGCAAAGUCACAGCUUGAAUGCUAUGACCAGAGGAAAGCAGCCCCGUUAAGGUGUUUGGCUGACUUUAUUGCCAAUCGGGGGAACUGAGAUGAUGCGCAGAAGCUGUAGCCGUUGUGUAUUUGCGGUUUCCUCCCCCCCCCACAAACAGCCUUCUUUAACUGCUGCGGUUACUGUACAUCUAUCUAUAGCCUGGGAUGGCAUGCCAGGAAUUGUGUGCUUGCACUAGGAGCCUGUACCCGUCGUGUAUUUUAUUCUUCUCCGCCUCGCUGCACUGUUUCUGUUUAUAUGUAAGUCACUUCUCCGAUCCAUUUGCGCUGUUUUCCUUGUUUUGAAUAAUACUUUCAGGUUUCUGAUUCGCCGGGCCGAAAGCGUUGUCAAUGUCCGUUGCCUACUGCUGUUCCUGGUUUCAGUCGGAGGAUCCGAUGUGCUUGCUGGAUGGAAAUAUUAGGUCUGACAGGUUUGCGUGCAAAUAUAGGAGAUGGACGGCCAAGGAAGUGUGUGCUGCAGUGGGUAAUGAGCACACCUUUCGGGGUUGAGUUUUCUUUGUUGGUUUUCAUGUGUUGAUUAUGGUCCGAGUUAUUAAAAAAAAAAAAAAAAAAAAAAAAAAAAGAUUAUGGUCCGAGUUGCAGGACCAGGUUUGUGAGUUCUGUCCUGAAAGGCAAAAGAGGGUUCUUCAGAUAUCAUUCUCCCUUUGAGAGUGAAGUUUCAUUGUUGUUCCUCAAUCUUUGCCUUUCUGCUUGAUAU